CUGCAUGCAGUGUGACAAGAAAUUACAUUUUCCAUCAAGGCUUGGCUCAUAAUUUGUACAUUUACUAGUGGAUGAUAAGAGUUUUGAAAAAAAAUACAGAAGUGGCAACACUGCUUGUGUACUCAACACCAACAUCAAGGCCACUCUACUCCAGAGAUAAUGAAUGGUUGUCUAUUAGCUUUACUCUGGCAGUAGUUGUGUCUUGGUAAUCAGCUGAGAAUUCGCAACUUAGACGGCAACAUCACAGAGUUUUGCAGACAAAUCGGACAACCUAGUUCCAGGAAUGUUCAAGGUCACACUAGAAGAUGAGUUCAAGAAGAAUCCAGAACUCAAGGCAGAAGACAUACAAGAUGUACAGGCAUGGAUCAAAAGUCAACCCCACCUACCUCCUGUACCGGACCUAGUGGUUGUGCUGUUCUUGCAAGCCUGCCAGUGGGACCUGGACCUCACCAAGAAGACUAUAGACCUCUACUACACCUGCCGAACCGAGUACACUGAAUUCUUUUCCGACCGAGACCCCCUGUCUGAAGAGAUCCUGGAAACUGCUAGAGCUCAGCAGGUGGUGUACCUACCGGAAAGGGACCCAGAGGGGAACCAAAUCAUCAUCACCCGCACAUCUGAUCCUGAUAUCAAAAAUUAUAACUUUGCGGCCUUAGUCAAGUACAUGACGAUGUCAACAGAAGCCUUUCAGCUGGAGAAUGGCACUGUCCCUGGCAUGGUGAUGGUAUGUGAUGUCGGCAACUUCAGGGCCUCCCAUUUCUGGAGCAUCCCCUUCAAACAGGGCAAGAACAACAUGCGAUACUCCCAGGAGGCAUCUUCAUUCCGUAUAGUAGCAGUACACCACAUCAACAUACAUCCACUCAUCCACAAAGUGUUACAGUUUUUAAAACCUUUCUUGAAGGCAGAGGUACAAGAAAUGAUAACGUUGCAUUCAAACCUAGAAACACUAUUCCAAACAGUACCAAAAGAAAUAAUGCCAAAAGACUAUGGGGGUGAAGCUCCGACUAUGGAAGAGUUAAAUGAGCAAAAUCUACAGAGAAUACAAAAAUACCGACAGUACUUCCUGGAUGAACAGAAAGUUGUUGUGGACGAAAGUAAACGGAUCAGCAAAAAGGCCAAACAAUCUGAGGACCCUGAGGAGGAAAAGGGGUGGUGGCUACUUAAGAAGCUGUCGUUCAAAUAGGUUAUUGUUUAUAGUUAUAUUAUAUUUGAUUUUCUUAAGAAAAUUGAACAAAACGUACAACAGGAAAUAUCCUUCCAAUAAUAAGCUGCUGGUAAUAAAAUUUCAAACUAAACAAAACGUUUCUAAUUGCACUUGGCACUUACAUUAAUACAGCAGUACAAGAAGAUCAACAUGUCUAGAUGUAGUUAAAUAUGGUGAGGGGCAAGAUUUUGUAAAUUUUAUCAAAUAUUUCCAACAAUAUAAGUUUCACACUUAAUCGUAAUUACUUGAAUUACUGUUAAUUAACAUAAUGUCUUUACACAAGUUUAGAAGAUGACUAAUUUGUUGUAUUAGAUACUAAAUAAUUGGUAAUACAUAUUUUAAUUAUGUAUAUAGUGUGUAUCUCUACUACAAAUAUAUUGUUACAUAUUUAUGUUAUAGAACUUUUUGUUUUUAUCGAUUGCAUUAAAUUCAUGCAAUUUUUGUAGUUGAGUAAAACAACAAUGUUAUGACGUUAUAUUUGAAUAUAACUAAAGUAAGUGUUGUACACUACCUAUGUAUUUAAAUAAAUAAAAAAAAAAUUUUGUUGGUUA